AUGGCGCAGCCUAGGUCUUCCAAGGCUUCGUCUUCCAAAGCAAGUGAUAAUGAAAUCGACCACACCGACUUAUUGAUCAGCGACAUAGGCAACCUCUAUCAAAGCGGCAGGAUCUUAUUUUUUGGAGGUGGUACAGAAACCUAUGAUUUGUAUGUGCACAUAAAAGAUGUAUCAAUAAACUCAUUUAAAAUAAUUCUUGAAUAUAUUUAUACUGGCCGAAUACAUUUAAGUGAUUUUGAGGAUGAAGAAAUUUUAAAACUACAUAAGCUUUCGGAUUAUUUUGGGAUUUCACAAUUAAAACUUUCAUUGAACGAGUAUUUUCAAAGAAGCAUUAACAUAGACAAUGUAUGUACGUUCCUUGAUUUGACAAGACAUUAUGAAAACAAGGAGCUCGAAGUCGAAUUACUUAAAUUUAUCGACGACAACGCUGUGGAAGUUUUGAAAUCCUAUGAAUUUAUGGAUUUGUCAUCUGAAGUUCUUCAAGAAAUUCUCGAUCGUGACUCGUUUUAUGCUCACGAAUUGGAUAUAUUUCGUGCGGUUUGUCGCUGGGUCAAUAAAAAUCAAAACGAAGUGGAACGUGACACUAAUAUCAAAGUCUUAUCGGCCGUCAGGUAUCCGAUAAUGAGUGCUGAAGAACAGUCUCAAGCUAGGGAAUCACAGCUGACGGUAUCAGACUCAACUGAGUCUGAUGAACUGAUGUCAGUACUGACAAGCAUAAACGAGGAGGAGGUUUUUUCGUUCGGAGAUCCAAGAGUUCUGAAAUCGUAA